AUGAACUUCGAUUCCAAAUCUGUGGCUUCGAGCUCAACGGGGUCGGGCUCCAGCCGAAUGUACCAAAAGAAGGAUCGUGGCCCUAUCGCCGCCAUAACUGGCCUUGUGGUCUUCGUGUCUACCACCCCGAGGGCUUUGGACAAGUGCCCAGUGGCAUGUUCGACUUGUCGUACUAGGAAGCAGAAAUGCGACGAACGCAAGCCAACCUGUGGCUUCUGCGAAAAGAAGGGGCUUGACUGCUUCUACGGAGACCCAGUACCAACGAAAAAAGACAAAAGCUUGGUUGAACUACUCGAAAUCGUGAAAAACAUCAACGACAAUACCAGUCAAAUACCGCAACUCUUCGCCCAGCUCCAGAACAUGCAGAUCAGCGUCCCGUCUUCUUCACAGUCUGAAGAUAGUGGCGAUGACGCUUCAUCGACAAGUACUUUGAAGGCCCAAGGCCGGCCUACCCCGAAACCCUCGCAGCAGGUUCCAUACCGAUAUGCGUCUGCAGUCACCAAGAUGAUGGCGUGGCCUGCAGUGAGACAGAAGCUAGAAGACGUCCAGCCCAAAAUACCGAACCUCCAAUCCGCCUUCCGGGAACCCGACUUUCCGUCCGAGUUGUUCCAUCAGCAAGGCCAAGACCGGCGCCUUCCUCGAGGCGGGUUAGAAACGGCGAGCUAUCAUGAACGUAUAUCGUUGGGCUUUCCAAUGGAUGGGCCACUACCACAACUGACGGCGAUGAGCUACGCAACGCUUGUAGACCGCGUCAACACGUAUUUCGAUACCUUUAAUCGGAUCCAUCCUGUUCUAGAUCGUCAAUAUUUCAUGGAGAAAAUACUACAGGACGUCAUCGGGAGCGAGUUCGAGGAAAAUGCGGCAUCUACGUUGGUGUGUCUAGUGUUGGCCCUUGCCGAGGUGGCUCUCGUCGGAGGAUCGAGCGGUGCCUUUGCGGCCUUCGAGGACCACCCUGUCGGUGAACCUGUCAGGACGACAAACGACUUGGAAUUCCGGCCGCCGGGCAUUCUGUUCUUCAACGAAGCACGGCGGCGCUUGGGAUUCUCAAUGACAGAGUGUGCUUUGGAGAAUGUCCAGAUGUAUAUCUUGGCGGGUAACUCUGCCGAACUUCGCUCAGUGCGCGGCGAUCAGAUCCGCCGCGCCUUUUGGUAUUGCUCCAUCAUGGAAACCGGUCUUCACCUGGAACUUGACCUCCCUUUAACCGGCCUCGAGAAGCUAGAGGCGAGCAUGCAACUACCAACAUUUUCGGCCUAUGCUCAUACCGAAGAUGCGAGUUUGAGUCAAAGUAUUCACAACGACAGGAGAUCCAAUUGUGGUGAGAUAUUCCUACACCAGAUUUCAUUGCGAAACCUGGGGGUCAAGAUCCACAAAAGCCUGAGAAGAAUUCUUGGAGGAUCCACUUCGAGAUCAAACUGGAAUUCGCCUGAUCUAGCCGACUCUCUCGAAGAUCUAGUUGGUGAUUUGGCUUCGCAGCUCGACCAAUGGCACACUUCUUUGCCCAGCGUCUUGCAUUGGGACAGGACGCAACAUUUGGACGCAUUCCAAGCAUCCUUUCCUGUCCUCGAUCCGCAGGUUCCUGACCAGCACUUUUACGCACCGCCAACCUUGUAUACCGCCGACGCCAUGGAAGGGUUGCAGUCUGCUCCCAUGCUGGGGUAUCUACACGAUUCACUCUACACCAAUUCGAACGAUGUGCUCGAAGCUAUACUACGGUCCCGAUUCUACCAUCUCGAAUACUUACUAUUCCGACCUUUUGUGUACAAAGCUCUGCAUACACGAGCAGAAAAUUUGACUGAGACAGACUUGUCCGCAACCAAGAGAUUUUUAGAGGCUUGCCUCCUCUGGCCUAUUAUCCUUCCGCCUGCCGCUCAGCACAAACGCAUGAUUCCUUGCCUCUACUUUUGGUCCCAAAACAUCCUCGGCAUACUCAUCUUCUUGCACCUAUCUGCAACGCAUCCCACUCUCUUCCAGAUUCGACAGAGCCGUUGCGACUCAACUUUCGACGAGGCAGCGAACAUGACGAUUACGCAGGGUAUCAACUGGCUUCGGGGCCUCAAGGAUGAGGACAGCUCUACACGGUGGUGUUGGACCAUUGUUCAGGGCUUAUAUCCUGACAGACCCAUCAUGCAGCAGUAG